CCCUCCCCUCCCUUCUCUUCGCUUCUUUCUCCUCCUCGUCCCAAGGGCCAAGGCACCCAUCUCUCGCGUCCUCCUCUUUCCCCUCUCGACUCGCGCAGCUUCGGAAGUCGGUCGCUUACCCGCCCCAGUCCCCCAAACCCUAGCCCCCCGAUCGAGCCCCGGCGAGAGGGAAGGCGGGCCGGCAAGGAUGUUCUUCUCCGGUGACCCGACGUCGCGGAAGCGGGUGGACCUGGGCGGCCGGAGCAACAAGGAGCGGGACCGCCAGGUGCUGCUCGAGCAGACGCGCGAGGAGCGGAAGCGCCGCCUCGCAGUGCGCCUCCAGAACUCCUCCGCCACGAAGAUCCAGAAAUGCUUCAGAGGGAAGAAGGCUUUCGACAUGGCACGCUCAGAAGUUCGUAAGACAUUUUGUUCUACUUUUGGGGAGAACUGCCAGAGGGUAGAUUGGAACUGCUUCAGCACUAAUUCUGAUUUUCUUCGUCAAUUGUUGUUCUUCUUCAAUGCAAGUGAAGACAACGAUAUUGCUAUACUUUCUCAAGUCUGCAACUUACUUCUACAGUAUGUUAAACAUGGAGAUGUUGUAAAUCUCUUUGCCGGCAAUGAUUACUCCGCAGUGGAGCCUCUUGUGUCUCAUAGGGUAAAAAAACUUGCACUCAUCUGUGUGCAUGCUGUCCACCAGAAGAGGUAUGAUUGGAGUAGUCAACUUUUGAUGUCAGUGGAAAGUGCAGCGAUGCCUUUUGUUCGAUUAUUAGAAGCUGUGGCUUGUUUAAUAAACCCCAAACUACCGUGGAACUGCAAAGUAGUUGGGUAUCUUCAGCAGAGAAAGAUCUAUUGCUUGUUUCGGGGAAUUAUUAGUACAGUACCGCAAAAUGCGAGUAAUUUGGAGCACCGUACAUCUGCGCUGGAGCAAGUUCUCAUGCUUGUUGCUUCACAUGUUGGCGACCAUCCAUGUUCUUGUCCAAUUGUGGAUCCAAGAUGGAGUUUUUCCUCGCAGCUUCUAUCCAUUCCUUUUCUCUGGCAUCGUUUGCCACACUUCAAGAAGGUUUUCUCUGCUAAUGGACUCAGCAAAUAUUAUAUCCACCAGAUAGCUUGCUAUUUGCCCAGUCGUGCUGAUGUUCUUCCAAAUGAUGUAUCUGCUAAUCAUCCAGGAUAUGCGUGUGUUCUUGCAAAUGUGCUUGAAGCUGCAACGUGGAUUUUAUCUGAACCUAAGUUCGCUUCUGAUAGAGCGGCCGACAUUAUUACUGUUUCUACGUCAUUGCUGGAUGCGUUGCCAGCGAUUACAUCACCUACUGAAAGGGCUGAUGAUGACGAUGACAUGCCCAUGGAUGUCGAUGUUAAAAGUGGUCUUGAUGUUGAUUUGCAAAGACAGAUAACUGCAGCAUUUGAUUCAAAUUCAAGGUUGCUUGAACAUUUGGUGAAUGCUCUGUUCAGAGGCACAUUAAGCACGAACUAUUCUGAUCCAUCUGGACCAUCAGAUGCUGAGGUGGAAGCUGUCGGGUCUAUUUGUGCUUUUCUUCACGUCAUGUUCAACACAUUGCCUCUAGAUGUAACUAUGACUGUGCUGGCCUACCGUACUGAUAUUGUUCCUGCGCUAUGGAAUUUUAUAAAGCGAUGCCAUGAAAACCAAAGAUGGCCAUAUUUUUCGAAGUAUAUCUCUCCUUUGCCUGCAGAUGCUCCUGGUUGGCUUCUGCCUGUGUCUGUGUUUUGUCCUAUAUACAGGUACAUGUUAAAGAUCGUUGAUAAUGAGGAAUUCUACGAACAACAGAAACCUCUUUCACUUAAAGAUUUGAAGUCCCUAAUUCUCAUUCUAAAGCAGGCUUUAUGGCAGCUUCUUUGGAUUAUUCCUUCACAUACCUCUCCUACUCAGAAAGCGUUACCCAAUCUUUUAGGUCUUAAGAAAAUGUCCAUUGAUAAUCUUAAGAGUCGGGCAAGGAUUGGGUUAUCUGAAUUACUCACACAGUUGCAAGACUGGAACAACCGGCUCCCAUUCACUUCCGAAAGUGAUUUCUAUUCUCAAGAAGCAACAAGUGAAAAUUUUGUCUCACAGGCGAUACUUGGCAACACUCGAGCAUCAGAAAUUAUAAAGCUUGCUCCCUUUCUGGCGCCUUUUACCAUUAGAGUCAGAAUAUUUACUUCGCAACUGGCAAAUUCUAAACAAUCGGCGACAUCCCAUUCUGCCUUGACAAGACAUCGGUUCAAAAUAAGAAGAAGUCGACUUCUGGAGGAUGCUUUUGAUCAGCUAAGCUUGCUAUCUGAAGAAGAUCUUAAAGGACCGAUCCGAGUAGCAUUUGUUAAUGAGCACGGUGUGGAAGAAGCUGGAAUUGAUGGAGGUGGAAUUUUCAAAGAUUUCAUGGAAAAUAUCACUCGUGCUGCUUUUGAUGUGCAGUAUGGCCUAUUCAAGGAAACGGUUGAUCAUCUUCUGUACCCCAACCCUGGAUCAGGAUUGGUUCAUGAACAUCAUCUGCAGUAUUUCCGUUUUCUUGGGAGUCUCCUCGGGAAGGCAAUGUAUGAGGGCAUACUCGUCGAUUUACCGUUUGCAACCUUCUUCUUGAGCAAGCUGAAACAGAAGUCCAAUUUUUUGAAUGAUCUGCCCUCAUUGGAUCCUGAAUUGUAUCGACAUCUUCUAUUUUUAAAGCAUUAUCAUGGCGACCUCUCAGAUCUGGAGUUGUACUUUGUAAUCGUGAAUAAUGAAUAUGGUGAACAAUCUGAAGAAGAGCUGCUUCCUGGCGGGAGAGAGAUGCGUGUUACUAAUAGUAAUGUUAUUAUGUUUAUCCACCUUGUUGCCAACCAUCGAUUAAAUUAUCAGAUCCGUGGACAAAGUACACACUUUUUGAGAGGAUUUCAACAACUUAUACCGAAGGACUGGAUCGAUAUGUUCAAUGAACAUGAAAUUCAGCUUCUCAUAUCUGGCUCUCUGGAAAGCUUGGACAUUGAUGACUUGCGCUUGAACACCAACUACGCUGGAGGUUAUCAUCCGGAUCAUGAGAUUAUUGAUAUGUUCUGGGAGGUUUUAAAGAGCUUGAGUUCAGAUAAUCAGAAAAAGUUUCUCAAAUUUGUGACUGGAUGCUCUCGUGGACCACUCCUUGGAUUCGAAUACCUUGAUCCAAAAUUCUGCAUUCAGAGAGCUGGUGUCCCGGGCGUAGAGGAGCAUGGAGACCGCUUGCCCACUUCUGCUACGUGCAUGAACCUCCUGAAGCUCCCUCCAUACAGAACGAAGGAGCAGAUGCAAACCAAAUUGUUGUACGCAAUAAACUCAGAAGCUGGUUUCGAUCUGAGCUAAUUGCCCUUGUGGAUUCAGCUAUUGUGCAAAGUGUAGAUAGUUGCUAGAUGACAGUUUAAAGGCACCCAGGGCCGAACCAUUUGGGCCCAAUUCGAAGCCCCAUAAGCAACAGGAAGGCAUUCCUUGUAUUGUGGCUGGGAAAAUUGAAAGAGAGGCACCUGCAAUAGCUUGGCUACAGAUAGGGCAAGGCGGUAGAAACAAGCAAGCGCAGAUGCUGUUGGAAGCAGCCAUGAACAUGUAUAUAUGUGUUCUAAGAGUGGAAUAAUAUAGGGUAUGAAUGAAAUUGAUAGAUGAUAGUCGGUUGAAUUUCUCAGUUCCACCAGUUAUGAUCUGAAUGCCUGGAUGCCCUAGUCCCUGGUAUUAGGGUUCAUCAUCUUUGUGCCAUGCUGCUGGAGCUAGGAAUGCAAGCGGAUAGGCUUAAAAUUAUGACCUAAGAUUUGGAGAUUGGACUGAAGUGGGACAUGUGAGGGAUCGUGUUCGCAUCCCUAGCAGCAGCCAUCUUCAGUGUGUCACUGCUGGUUCAGGUGCACAUUAACCACUGCCCAUUGGCUGCACUGGCCAAAAGUGUUCCUAAUGUAAGAAGUCUUAUCCUUGUGCCAAGUCAAACUUCUUAAAUUUUGACCAA